AUGCACAGGGCAUUCUUAAACGAACUAAACAGUUUCGAUAGAUCCACUCUUCGGCCAACUGGAAGAGUAAGUAAAGAAACCUUCGAACAUCCAAGAAAUUUAUUGCUAAAAGAUAUAGAAAGGCAGUUCAAUAAGCAAGAAAAUUCUGAUGUCACUAUUGUAUGUGAUGAUGGCAGAAAACUUUAUGUUUCUUCCUUCAUUUUGCAAGCGAGAAGUCCUCAUUUUGAAAGAAUGUUUCAAAGCGGGAUGAAGGAGAGCUCAACCAAAGAAAUCAAGGUAAAUGCUAGCUAUGAAGCUGCACAGGCAAUGUUUAAGUAUUUUUAUUGUGAUAGAUUAGAAACAAGCCCUAAAAUCGCAUUAGAAGUAAUGAUUCUUGCUGAUAUGUAUUUACUUGAAUAUCUUAAGCAAUUGUGUAUGAAAUUUGUCAAAGAAAGUGUUUGCAUUAACACAGCUUUAGAUUUUUAUGAGUGGUCGAAAGACUGCCAGUUUGAAGAUCUAACUAAUUAUGUAUCAAAAUUUAUUUGGAAAAACUUUGGCUAUAUAAGUAAAACUCCGCAGUUUAGAGGAAGCCUUUCGUCAAACCCUCAGUUAUUUAUAGAUUUACUUAACGAUUUGCCUGAAAAUGCAAGAUUCAGUAAUAAAUUAGAUUCAUGAUAA